AUGCAGCCUUUGCUCGAUGUGCCAGUGGCUCAAGAGCACCACGACCCGCACGACUUUGGCCAGACGAUACCAAUCCGCGUCGGUCAGAGGAGAGAAUGGUACACGCGAAUCGUAGACCUGCCCGAUGUAACGGUCGCCACUUUCGAGAUAUACAUCAGCUGGGUGUACACCGGAACCUUGAUCCUACAUAUGGACGACGAAGAGAUCUCCCAGGAGCAGGAUCCCGACCUCACAGAGCAGUUCAUAGGACGGCAGUACGACCAAUUGAUCAACUUAUAUCAGCUUGCAGUCAAGCUGACGGAUCCAACACUACGGCGCAUUGUUCUUAAUCGUACGCUGGCCUUCAUGGCGACUGCCAAAGCCCGUCGGCAUGCGCCGGCUACGUCGGAGAUCGAGCAAAUAUGGCCAAAGAUGCGGAGCGAUGACCGGAUGAGGGAGGAGCUCGCAGGGCGCUUGACAGAAGACCUGUCUCUAAAAGAGGUGGAAGAACACAUAUCAUAUUGGCCAGCCCCGAUGAAGGAUGCGAUGUUGGUGAUGUUUUUCAAAACACGAGACGAAGGUCGCGGCUACUCCUCUAAUGAGGAAGAGUAG